ACGCUACAUCCUGUCCCGGACCGUAUUUAUAGCGAGAGCACACGACUACACCAAUAACAUACAGCAUGCGUGCCUUUCUGAGAUGUAUUACUCUCAUAGCAGUAUUCCAAGGACGGGGUGCUUUCGUAUUUGGUGGAGUUAUUAAUGGAGAAAUAACACCAAGAGAUCCCAAUGUUGUUCUCAACGAUAUACUGGAAUUGAACUGCACCGUCAGAGAGGGUUCUGGAUUUGAUGCAUCAGAUUUGAUUUGGAAUAUACAUGGAGAGAAAGCACAUCAAAGCGAAAUGUUUACCCUGGACAACCGUACUCUCCAGCUGAGGAAAACUGUCACCACCAUAGCGGAUGAAGGCACUUACUCCUGUGUCAACGAGACUGGGGGGUUUGUUAGCGCAACAGAUGUUAUUGUUGAGUAUGUGGCCGUGCGCAAUGUAUCAAACGUUGCCUGUAUUGUGGAUGAAGUCAGAGAGGAACUUCGUUGUGAAUGGAAAUUAGGGAAAUAUAAUCACGAAAAUUAUCUAGACAUUAAGCUUUUCGCGUCUUUUGAUUCUGGUAUGAAUGCCAUAAUCUGUCCUAAAACACCCAAAGAAAAUUGUACAUGGACCUUAAGGGACGGUGACAUAUUUGCCUUUCUAGUCAUCAUCAUGUUGGAUAUAUCAAAUAAAAUAUUUGGAGGUGCAAUCUCAGAAACAUAUGAAUUCACCAAUAAAGAGAUAUUGAAGUUGAAGCCAGCUGCAGGGAUCCAAUAUGAAGUGUUGACUUCUUGUUCCUGUGUUAAUCUGACAUGGAGCCCUAGAAAAGGCAACUUGCAUACCACUACAAAGAUAGUCCUUAGCUCAAAAUGGAACACAAAAACGGUGAUAGUAAACAGCACUACAACAGUGAUUUGUGACCUCAUUCCGGCUUCUGCAUAUCAUUUAAAGCUUCAGCAGAAACCCACCAAGGGUUUAUAUUAUAGUGACCCAACUGAAAGAACAUUCAACACUUGCAUUACAGCCCCAUCACAGGGACCCCUUGUUUUUCCCAGUGGCUUUUCAAGUGAUAACCAUCCAUGUGAGACUCCCGAAGGAAUGCGUAACAUUACACUUUAUUGGAAGAAAAUUCCUAAGAAGUUUCAAAAUGGUGAGAUAUUGAAUUACAGUAUCAUCUCUGAUAGAGUAAAGACCAAGAGAUUUUAUGGAAACGAAUCAUCAGGAAGCUUCCCUUUUCCCUGUGAUGGCCGCCGUGUUUUAAACGUCACCGGAUGUAACUCUGGUGGUUGCUCCCCACACUCAUCUAUCACUUUACCAGAUCAUGAUGAAUUUCCACCACCAGACUAUUUGAUAGUGGAAGAAAUAGAUGUUAAUGAAAUAUAUUUGUUUUGGAAUGACACGCAAGAUAUGUCAACAAUUCACAUUGUUUGGUGCAAAGGCAAAGCAGCCUUACAAAAGUGUCAGGAUGAAAUAAACACACUACCCAUCAUUUCAUCUGGAAAUGGCGCAAUAGUCAAGAGAAACGAAAUAAAUCAAUCCUUUGAUGACGUUAUAUUUGGUGUUGCUAUUUCUAAUGGGACCGGCAUUAGUACUGGAAUUAGAUGGCAAGAGAGAUGUAGAUAUACAAAAAGCUUGGAACCAAGGAAGCCAAAGAAUGUGCAAAUUCUUCCAAAACCACCAAACGACAGUCUAAACGUGCGAUGGUCUGCACCUAGAUGUGACAUGUCAACUGCACAGAAUGCAUAUGUUCAUUCGUACAAAAUAGGUUAUUGUCAGUCUGACGAGCAGGGUAUUUGCAAACAUACAGAGAAAGAAUUUCCGGUUCCUUCGGACGGAGUGACGAGCUUUACAAUUAGAGGCCUAGAAGCUGAACAGAAAUAUGGCGUUUGGGUUAUCGCUGUGUCUUUAACAACAGAAAGUCAGAGGAGUGAUGUUAUUAUUGGAAUUCCAAAGAAUGAUGAUUUGACAGACAGUGCUAUAAUCAGCAUCAUUGUCGGAGGCAGUUUUAGUUUCGUACUUAUCAUAUCAGGCCUAGUAUGCAUCAUAAGAUACAUAAGGAAAAAGAUUGGUCUCGACGAAAACUUCCCUAUUCAGAAUAUUCCAAUUCAUCGCUACAAAGAUAAUAUGAAAGAAAAUGAUAUACAUUCACAGCCAAAUCAAUCUACAUACACCCAGUCUCAUUUGAUAUCUGAUGAUUUGGACAUGUCCUAUGAGAGGGUGAAUGCAGUGCCCAAUGGUAACAACGUGAUGAGGCAAACAGACUCAGACGAGGAACUCAAAACUCUCUUAGUACCGAGGCAACUGAGCAAGGAUAGCGGACACAGCAGCGUCUCAGUUACAUCAGCUGUUUCGCAGCAGGACGAAUCGUCACGAAACGACAUGUAUGUGGAUGGACUUUUAAGACAUCAGAAAGACGUACCAAAAAACUCCUCAACAAGAACUUCUGCAACAAUAUCAGGAAAUUAUCCUUUCUCAUCUGAACAACGCGAAGAAACAGAUUAUGUCGAACAUAGAAAACUGAAUGAUUCCAUGUUGGGAAAUCAACAACAAUUAACCAAAGUGGACAAUGCAAGAAAUAUCGAAACAAAUGAUGACAUUGGAUGUCCCAGGAAUAAUUGUUUGCCAGAUAUUCCGAUAUCCAGAGGCGCACAUUCUUUUGAUCAGUACCAGAUGAAUGCAGAAGAAAUGAAAAUGCAUGGUCAAGAUUAUCUGAAAGAAAUAUCCGAUAAAAAGGAACAUCUUAUCAAAGGUGACGAUUAUUUCAUUAAUUCACAAUCGAUGGUUAAUGAAAACAGUCAGCCUGAAAGGAAAUAUCUAAAUAAGGUGGAACCCACUGUGCUGCCGAAACAGUCACUUUUAAUGGAGGAUUUCUCAAACACAUCAAUUACAAUACAAAAUGCGCAGUCAUCCAUCAUGGAAGAUGGAUACGUUUCGAACACAUCUUCUGAAAUACAACAUGUAGAGCCAACAUUUAUGGAAGAUGGAUAUUUGCCGGAAGAAGGUUAUUUACCGAACACAUCAAUUGCAAUACAAAAUGCAGAGUCAGUCGUUAUGCAAGAUGGAUACUUGCCGAACACAUCUUCUGAAAUGAAAAAUGCAGGACCAAUAUUUAUGGAAGAUGGAUAUUUGCCGAAUACAUCAAUUGCAUUUCAAAAUUCAAAUGGAAAUGGAAUAAGUUAUCCUUCUUUCCCGACUACUGAUUGUCGAUCAAGUGCAUUGGAAGAUUAUAUCACCGAAGUACAUGAUAUCAAGGAAAAUCUUCCAAUCAAAAAACUAGUCAGCGAUUACAAUCGUAAUCAUAGCGAUUCAGUUGAAAUCAAUUCACUAAACAAAGUAAAUGAUAACGAAAUCAAUUGUAAACUUACUCCAGAUGAUGUGUCACCAACCGAAAGUCAUCUAGCGUCAAAAUCUCCUACAAACAAUAACGAAAUUCAUCUAGCCUCCAAAUCUCGUACAAUCAAUGGCAAUCUUCGGUUUUCAAGUGCAUCCGACUACACACAAAUACAUACGAUCAAUUCAACUACAAAUCGCAUCAGUAGUUCCAAUUCUAUGGAAGACUCGGGAAGAUUAAGCUGCAGAUUUUCCUCCAAUACAGAAUCUAUGUCAGUUUUCGAUGAUCCAUAUAUUCCUUUGGAAACUUUGCAACAAUGACACCUGUCCUAUUCAAAAAUUGUAAUUUGCAUAUCAUGCUUCUUUACUUGUUUAAAUCUUUGUGUCUUAGAACUGAUUGAUUUUCAGAUUGUGCAUGUUCAUGUACACGUAGAAAUGUCGUAACAACCAAGUUUAUUUUGCGAAAUAAUGACGGUGAUCUUCAAUUAAUGCACUAAAACAAUGAACUGACACAAUAUUUGUAGAUGGUUACGAUAAUGUAAUAUUUUAUAUUCAUUUUUGCGAAAUUAUGUUGCUUACAGCAAAAUCAAUUGUGGAUGUAUGAACGAGCAUGUGAUUUGUUACCCGUUAUCAUGACUUCCAGUUUUAAAUAUAUGAAAAUGAUAUAAUUAAAACUUGAUGAUAAAAGAUUCUUUUUGUAAUACAUAAAAUCAUGAAAUACUUGUGUACAUUAUUGGUAUGUCAAGCAAUAAAGGUUUUGAAUUUAGA